CACAACAUGUUGGAUAAACAGGGAAAUGGUGCUUCAACUGACAAUAGAGACAACGACUGUGCUCAUAAUACUGUUGAAAGAGGACAGCAGCGUUUCAAAACUUAUUACGAGGAACAGGAACUAGUGGACGAGGAAGAAUGGAAUCACUUCUGGAAUACUUUGUUUGUUCCUUUGCCUGCUUGUUUUUGGAUCUCUCAGUCUCAUCCCUCUUCUACCCGAAUGAGUGCCUUGUGUAAGCAGCUAGAAGCCUACUUUUCAAGCGUGGAAGAAGUUGAUUCGAUCAAAUCGAGUAUUCCUUAUCCCUUGAAGUGGUUUCCAAACGAACUUGCUUGGUGCCUCAAUAUUUCGCGACAAGUUUUAAAACGAGACGAAAAGCUUUCAAAGUUGCAUGACUUUAUCGUCGAGCAGAAUUCUUCUGGUGUUAUCAAUCGACAGGAAGCAGUGAGCAUGUUGCCACCCGUUUUGUUACAAGUUCAACCUGGAGAUAAAGUUUUGGAUAUGUGCGCAGCUCCAGGCUCAAAGACAGCUCAGCUUCUAGAUAUGCUAGGUGCAAAGAAUUACAGUGCAGCGGAAAGACAAGUAUGUACAAUUAGAUUGUCAAAAGAUAUAGUUGACAUUCACGAGUCUCUUGUUGUGGCAAAUGAUUCCAAUCUUAAACGUUGUUGGAUGCUCAUACAUCAACUGAAGAGGUUCUCUUGUCCCUACAUCGUUAUUACUAACCAUGAAGCUCAAAAGUUUCCCGUUGGAAUGCGUUUCAACAGAAUCUUGUGCGAUGUGCCUUGUUCUGGAGAUGGUACUCUUCGCAAGUCCCCGGAUUUAUGGAAGAGAUGGUAUGCAGACACUGGAAUGAAUUUACAUCCUUUGCAGUUAGCGAUUCUGUUAAGAGGUUGUGAUCUGCUGGAGACUGGCGGUAAACUAGUGUAUUCCACAUGCAGUCUCAAUCCUGUCGAGAAUGAGGCAGUUGUUGCAGAAGUAUUAAGAAGACGUUCAACUCAAAUCUCUUUGAUAAAUGUCGAUAACUUGCUAUCAAACUUGAAGUUCCGUAGAGGCCUUACUUCCUGGAAGGUUAAGAAUAAUGCCGAAGAGUUUGGAUUCUUUACCUGUUAUGAAGAAGUUCCUUUGCAUCGAAGAAAGAAAAUUCCUCCUUCUCUGUUUCCGAAAGAUGACUUGAAGGACCUUGGUAUAGAUAAAUGCAUAAGAAUACUGCCACAUGAUCAAGAUACAGGAGGAUUCUUUAUUGCAAUGUUUGAAAAAGUUUCACGAGAUACUCAAGAUACGUGGCAAAAGCUCAGGUUCGACAAAGAAAAAGCGUAUAUGAAGACUCGGAGAAUCUCCAGACUUAUUUCAGAUGAUCCUUUUGAAAGACUUUCAACUGUGAAUAUUUCCUUGUUGAAAACCAUUGCAUAUUUUUAUGGACUCGAUGAAGAAUUGCUCUCUAAUCAUUUGAUGACCCGAACUUCUGAUGCAGGACGAGUUAGAAGAAUAUACUACUUGUCCGAGCAAGUAAAAUCGAUAGUGGAGAAUUCUGUUGGUAACUUGGACAGACUUACUACAGAUGAUGACAAUGAAAAAUAUCCUUAUCGGGUGGUUCAUGGAGGUAUUCGGUGUUUCGAAGCUGUGGACUGUAAAUAUCAAGUUGAAUGUCCGUAUCGAAUUGUGUUCGAAGGAGCGCCUUUAAUAGCAUUGAGAAUGAGCAAACGCCUCGAAUAUGUUGAAGAUGAGGAAGUUUGGAACUUCUUACUUCAUGUAAAGGAUGUUAUCAAAAUUGCCGAGAUUCCUUUCAUCAACCUGCGAACCAGUUUGGAACAGACAAGUCCAGGAAGUGUUAUUUUUUGCUUCACAAAUGAAAGCACAAAAGAUUAUUUGACUGCAUGGCUUGGACCCUCUAUGCUUUCGAUCUUCGUAACUACUGAAGACAUUCGGUUGCUUCAGUCACACAUUAGCAGAAAUUAUAUCUCCCUGACUGAUAUGCUAAAUAAUGAUGAAUAGCUAUUCUACUUCGCACUCUGCCCAAUU